AUGAGUGAGAACAUAAUAAUAAAAAAAAAAUUUUACAUUUACUAGAUGUCAUAAAAUAUAAAUGAGCAAUCGUUAGACUUUAAUAAAAACGCUGGCAAGAAUUAAACAUUUGAAAUUCAUGUGAAUAAUAAACCGGAAGAAUUUCAUCAAAAGAAACAAGCAUCUUAGAAUAAUUAACAUGAAGAAAAUUACAAUAAUGAAGCAUCAUAAGCCAAUUAAGAUGAUGCAAAAUAGCAAAUGGAGUAAAGUCAUAAUAUUGAAGCAGUAGAAAAUUUAGAUAAAAAAUCAAAAUAUUGUACUGCAGCAUUAUUUAACAAUUUAGAAGAAUAAUAAGAAUUAGAUUUGGAUGAGUUCUCCUAAAAUACCUCAUGA